UCUUUUUCCUCCUUCCCUGCUCACUCGCUCUCGGUCUGGAACUUUCGUGCCUCUCUCACUCCUUUGUUUGGCAGGCUUUAGGUCUCCUUCCUCACAUAUUCGCCAACGAGCUUCCAGGCCUAGCUGUUACUCAGCUAUUUCCUCUUCUCGUCUUUCGCUGCUCAACGCCUACGCGCGCAUACCCUCGCUCCAACCACGCGCCUAAGAUCACGAAGCUAUCUGGCUCGCUCGACAAGUGUCGACCGCCGCCAUCAUGUCGGAAGAAGGAGCAUCUCACGCUCCUCAUCCCAUACAGAUUCGAACCAACCUGCCAAAGGAACCCUCCAGCAGUAUCACCGAUGUCCAAGAAGACUACCCCAUAUCCCCUUCGCCACGGACGGGGACACCGAACCCCUUCAGUCGCAAGAACACGAGCAUGGACAUAGAUGAUUACUUUACGGGUCCCCGCGAUAUCGCCAAGCACUCUAAAUGGCCGCUCUUCCUCCAGAUGCACGGCAGUAUUCUGCCCAAGAUGGUGGUGCCACUCAUUGCCGUCGCCAUGUGGUCGUCCUUGAUCACCGUCAUAUCGAUGAAGUUGCGAGACCAGGGCGUCUUCCUCGGUGUAAACUCCAUCCUACUUACCGUCACUGGUUUCGUCGUUGGUCUGGGUCUCUCUCUCCGCAGCUCCACUGCCUACGAAAGAUACGCCGAGGGAAGGCGCUGCUGGUCCCAAUUGACCCAGACUACCCAGACCUUGGGCCGUGUCUUCUGGAUACAUGCGGCGGAACGCGAGGAUUGCGCCAAGUAUGAUAUACUUGCCAAGCUUACUGGCAUGAACCUCCUGGUGGCCUUUUCUGUAUCCCUGAUGCACAGGCUGCGAUUCGAGCCGUACAGCUACUACGAUGACUUGACCGAUUUGAUCGACCACCUCGACACCUUUGCCAAAAGCGCAACCGAUGAGAACGUCUUCAAGCCGAGAGACCCUAACUUCUUCAAGAGGGCAGGAGAGCAUCUUGGUGUUUCUUUCGCCACUUCCAACCCGCGCAAGGCCAUGAAGAAAGCUCAGAGCCCCAUCGGCAACCUCCCGCUCGAGAUUAUGUGCUACAUGAGUGCUUACACGGACGACCUCGUCAACAACGGCCAAUUGCCCAUCCCCAUGACUCAGACUCUUGCUUAUAACGGAAUCCAAGCCCUGAACGACGUCCUCGUCAACACGGAACGCGUCCUCAACACGCCCCUGCCCAUUGCUUACACCAUCGCCAUUUCGCAAAUCACCUGGGUCUACGUUUUCCUGCUGCCCUUCCAAUUGCUUCCCUCUCUCGAGUGGAUCACGAUCCCCGCCAGCGUCGCCGCCGCCUACAUUAUUCUGGGCAUCCUCCUCAUCGGCCGCGAGAUCGAAAAUCCCUUCGGUAACGACGUGAACGAUCUGCCUCUGGAGCUGUACUGCCAACAGGUCGUGCAGGACUUGGAGACCAUCGCGGCGCGCCCCAGGGCCCGUCCCGCCGACUGGAUUGAGAAUUCCAAGAACAAGGUGCUCUUCCCCCACAGCGAGAGUGGAUACCACAUCUGGGCGAGCAGACCUGAGAGCGCCAUCAGACGGGCACUGCACAACCGCCCCCACAACGGGUUCGACAAGAUGAUGCAAGCUGCCACCAAUGAGAAAGGUGAUGCAAGCGUAUAGAUAAUAUCUAUGUGGUUAGAUAGCUGGGCCGCCUUCUCUCGAAAGCGGUAGCCUUUUCAGGUUCGCUGAUUUAGCGAACGAUUGUUUCUCAUUCUCUCUAACCCGGCCGGAAAAGGAAAAUUGGAUAGCGCAGCAUCGGCA